AUGGAAGACUACGAUCGCCUUAGACCGUUGAGCUACCCACAAACGGAUGUUUUCGUGCUUUGCUUCAGCAUUGUUUCACCAGUUUCGUUUGAUAAUGUGGCUACUAAAUGGAUACCAGAGAUACGCCAACAUUGUCCGGAUGCGCCUAUACUACUUGUUGGAACGAAAUUAGAUCUGCGAGAUGAAGCGAGUCUUCGCAGAGGUGCGACCGAGGAGAGGCCGCCAAUAACAAGAAGUCAAGGGCAGAAGUGUGCACAGAAAAUCAAAGCGGUUAAAUACCUGGAAUGUUCAGCUCUUACACAACAAGGAUUAAAGCAGGUUUUCGAGGAGGCUGUCCGCGCGGUCAUGAAUCCAAAACAGUUAAAACAGAAGAAGUCGUGCAUGGUUCUUUGA